ACCCCGGGCAGGCCCCGCCCGCUCCUGGCGGGCUCCGCGCGCCCCAGGUGAGGCGAGGCGGGGCGGGCGCUCGGCGGGGCUGAGGCGACGCUCGGGAGCCCGGCGCCAUGGCGGAGCUGGAGAGCCUGGAGUUCGGCAAGGCGGACUUCGUGCUGCUGGACUCGGUCUCCAUGCCUGAGUUCAUGGCCAACCUGCGGCUGCGGUUUGAUAAGGGACGGAUCUACACAUUUAUCGGUGAAGUGGUGGUUUCUGUGAACCCUUACAAAAACUUGAACAUUUAUGGUCGUGACAUGAUUGAGCAGUACAAAGGACGGGAGUUAUAUGAGAGGCCCCCUCAUCUCUUUGCAAUUGCUGACGCUGCUUACAAGGCCAUGAAGAGACGAUCAAAAGAUACCUGCAUUGUAAUAUCAGGUGAGAGUGGGGCUGGGAAAACUGAGGCCAGUAAAUACAUUAUGCAGUACAUAGCAGCCAUCACCAAUCCCAGUCAGAGAGCGGAGAUUGAAAGAGUGAAGAACAUGUUGUUGAAAUCCAACUGCGUGUUAGAGGCCUUCGGCAAUGCCAAAACCAACCGUAAUGACAAUUCCAGCAGAUUUGGAAAAUACAUGGAUAUCAACUUUGAUUUCAAAGGAGACCCCAUAGGUGGACAUAUCAAUAACUAUUUGCUAGAAAAGUCCCGAGUGAUUGUGCAGCAGCCAGGAGAACGAAGCUUUCACUCUUUUUAUCAGCUUCUCCAGGGAGGUUCUGAUCAGAUACUACGCUCUCUACAUCUUCAGAAAAAUUUCUCUGCAUACAACUAUAUCCGGGCCGGAGGGCAGUUAAAGUGUUCCAUCAAUGAUGGUGCAGAGUUCAAAGCAGUGGCAGAUGCUAUGAAAGUGAUAGGCUUCAAACCAGAGGAAGUUCAAACUGUCUACAAAAUUUUGGCUUCCAUUCUUCACUUGGGGAAUUUGAAGUUUUCAAUGGAUGGCGACACGCCUGUGAUUGAAAAUGGCAAGGUUGUGUCGGUCAUUGCAGACUUGCUGUCAACAAAGUCUGACAUGGUGGAGAAGGCCCUGCUUUUUCGAACUGUAGCUACAGGCCGGGAUGUCAUUGACAAGCAGCACACAGAGCAGGAAGCCACGUAUGGCAGAGAUGCUUUUGCAAAGGCUAUAUAUGAGCGCCUUUUCUGUUGGAUUGUCACACAUAUCAAUGACAUCAUUGAGGUGAAGAACUAUGACACCACAAUCCAUGGGAAAAACACAGUCAUUGGAGUCCUGGAUAUUUAUGGCUUUGAGAUCUUCGACAACAACAGUUUUGAACAGUUCUGCAUUAAUUACUGCAAUGAAAAGCUGCAGCAGCUUUUUAUUCAGCUAGUUCUAAAGCAAGAACAGGAGGAGUACCAGCGAGAGGGGAUUCCCUGGGAUCAUAUUGAUUAUUUCAACAACCAAAUCAUUGUGGAUCUGGUGGAACAGCAGCACAAAGGGAUCAUUGCCAUUCUGGAUGAUGCCUGCAUGAAUGUUGGAAAAGUCACCGAUGAGAUGUUCCUUGAAGCACUAAAUAACAAACUGGGGAAACAUGCUCAUUUCUCCAGCAGAAAGCUUUGUGCAACAGACAAGAUCCUGGAGUUUGAUAGAGACUUUCGGAUUAAGCACUACGCAGGAGACGUUAUAUAUUCAGUCACAGGAUUUAUUGACAAAAACAAGGACACUUUAUUCCAAGACUUCAAACGCCUAAUGUAUAACAGCUCCAAUCCUGUGUUGAAGAUGAUGUGGCCUGAAGGUAAAUUGAGUAUCACAGAAGUGACCAAGCGACCCUUGACUGCUGCUACCCUUUUUAAGAACUCCAUGAUUGCACUAGUAGACAACUUGGCAUCUAAGGAGCCAUAUUAUGUCCGAUGCAUUAAGCCCAAUGAAAAAAAAUCAUCACAGCUGUUUGAUGAAGAACGUUGCAGGCAUCAAGUGGAAUACCUUGGACUUCUGGAGAAUGUCAGGGUCCGACGGGCAGGAUUUGCCUACCGCCAAACAUAUGAAAAGUUUCUUCACAGGUACAAGAUGAUCUCAGAAUUUACUUGGCCAAACCAUGACCUCUCUUCAGACAAAGAAGCUGUGAAGAAAUUGAUUGAGUGCUGUGGGUUUCAGCAUGAUGUAGCCUAUGGGAAGACCAAGAUUUUCAUACGGACUCCACGGACGCUCUUCACCUUGGAGGAUCUGCAUGCCAAGAUGCUUGUUAGAAUUGUCCUCUUCCUACAGAAGGUCUGGAGGGGCACACUAGCCCGCCUUCGGUAUAAGAGGACAAGGGCUGCCCUCACAAUAAUUAAGUACUACCGCCACUACAAAGUGAAGUCCUACAUCCGUGAGGUCACCCGGCGCUUCCACAGUGUGAGGUCCAUGCGGGAUUAUGGAAAGCAUGUGAAGUGGCCCAGCCCUCCAAAAGUGCUGCGCCGUUUCGAAGAAGCACUGCAGGCAAUUUAUCACAGGUGGAGAGCAAAUGUGCUCAUCAAGAGCAUCCCACCAGAAGAUCUGCCUCAGCUCAGGGCUAAGGUUGCUGCCAUGGAAUUGUUGAAGGGUCACAGAGCAGAUAUUGAGCUACAAAGAGCCUGGGAGGGUAACUAUAUUGCAUCGAAACCAGAUAACCCUCAGACCACAGGCUCUUUCAUCCUUAUUGCCAAUGAGUUGAAGAGGAAGGACAAGUACAUGAAUGUGCUCUUCUCAUGUCACGUCCGCAAGGUAAAUCGCUUUAAUAAAGUGGAGGACCGAGCAAUUUUUAUCACUGAUCGACACCUUUAUAAAAUGGACCCUAUGAAGCAGUAUAAGGUGAUGAAUACCAUCCCACUUUACAAUUUGACUGGAUUGAGUGUCUCCAAUGGAAAGGACCAACUUGUGGUCUUCCACACAAAGGAUAACAAAGACCUCAUUGUCUGCCUCUUCAACAGACAGCCAACUAAUGAAAGCAGAAUUGGAGAGCUGGUUGGAGUCCUGGCAAACCAUUUCAAGAGUGAGAAACGCCGUCUGCAAGUCAGUGUUACCAAUCCAGUCCAGUGCAGCAUGCAUGGUAGGAAAUGCAUGGUCUCUGUGGAAACCAGGAUCAACCAGACACAGCCAGACUUCACCAAGAAUCGUUCAGGUUUCAUUCUCUGUGUGCCAGGAAAUUAGCAUCCCCUCCACUAGAGCAGAGAGCCUUGAAAGGAGACAGACCCGGGCUUAGGUUGCCCUCCCUGUGCCUUGAACUUUUCAAGGGAAUUAAUUUAGAAAUGCUUAGCUCUGACUUGCAGUCAUGCACCUAAACAGAUCUCUAAAGCUAGAGGUUUAUCCAGCCCAAAUUCAAGAGAAAGUUUCUCUGCCACAUCCACUAGUGUUUAAAAUAGCCAAUCGGAUGUGCCCAGCUUAGCGGGCCUGGACUCAGGAAACUGCUUCUGAGCUAUUCGGUCGAGAGCAUUUACUUAUGGGCACUGCCACACCUGGCUUCCUCCCUUCCUCCUCACUCUUCUAACCCUCUCCCAUAUUCCCCUCUGAGUUUAUCUCCAUGUCUCAGUUUUACAAUAUUGUGCAGCCUCUGUUAGAGGGACCAAAGACUGGGGCUCGGAAAAGGAGUCCAGCAGUAACAUGACUUGAAUUGAAAAGGCCAAAUCUCCCUUAAGAAGGGAACCAUAUUUGCAAAGGGCUGGAUUCCCUUGAGGGAAGGCACAGAUCCCCCACUCCUCCCAGCCCCUCUUUGUCAGAGCUCAUGUGACUGUUGCAGGUACCUAUAAAUGCAUCUCUAAAAUAAGCCUGCUGCUUUUCCUGUAAGAAGUCUAUUGGCCUGUGAGGAGGGAGGGAGUGGGGAAGCUAUGCUAGCAUCAAGGAGGUGGAAUUAAAGAUGCGGAGGGCUUUAAACUGCCUUUGCUGUAUAGAGCAUAGCUGUUGGCUUUCCUAAGUGGUAACUGCUUCCUAAACCCUCCGGAUUCCCAGCCUACAUUCUCCUUGCAUGACCCAUGUGGUUUCUCAGCCCCAGCAACAUGGUGCAGUAUAGGCUGAGGUAAAUGCUGGCUGACCUCUCUGCAUGGUUGGAUUAAGGAGAGGUUUCCUUCCCAGGGUCUGUGCAGAGGCUCUAAAAACUUUGGGAGCUGUGGGCUGGGUGUCCUCAGACUCACCACUCCAAGUCUUGCACUAUGUGUACACUAACUCUGGGCAAUUCCGUCCAAGCAUAGAGGGAAAUCCACAAACCCUGUUCUUAAAUGGAGAGACUUCCUCUUCUGCAGCUGAAUAGAAACCCUCCUUAGCCAUGCAUUGGACACCUUCAGCACAAGCCAGUGGAGCCCCCUCUGUUCCUCUCUCUGGCCUUUCUGUUAGCAUCAUACUUAGCAGCUGGUGCGUAGCCUGCAUGUGUCUGGCCACCGUACCCUUGUGUUCCGUGCUCCAGCUGGUAAUAGGGCACUGGUUUCAAUAAAGUGCAGUCUUUACCAUCUCUCCAUUUUCCCCUCCAGAAUUACUAACCAGCUUUUUAUUUAAUGUCAGUGGAUUGUAUGUCAGGCUUCUACUGUGGUACUUCAAUGGGGGAGGCAGUGACAUUAUGGGGCUAUUGAAACUGUAGCUAUACAAUUCUGGCACUGCUGGUCAGGUCAGGAUUCCAGUCUUCCAUGCUGUACAAGGCCUGCCCGGGGGAACUGUCCCACUGAGCCCAUCUUAGGGACCUCCAGUCCCUGGCCUCAUUGUAGCAGUUGUUUAGCUCUCAGAUCUAUAUGUUUUAGCAGCCCAAAAAAAGCAGAGGGGGGGCCUGCAGAGGCACUUCCCCUAUUCAAGGGCAUGGUAGCAAUCCAGCUCCAUAGUGAAUACAAAGCCACCCUAUGGACAGAGGGGAGGGUAUGUGGGUCACAAGAGUGUCUCUGCCCAGCCACUGCUAGGGAGACUCUGAGGUUAAUUGGUAUCUGGAAUAGAGGAGAGAAGCUACAGAGCUGUGUUUAAUUAGGACAAGCUUAAUUUCCCAUUUUGUGUUUGCCAGAGUCCGUGUGGCAUAGCCCCUUCCUACGGUUGCUCCAUCCCUUCCCCUGAUGUACAUCGCACAAUUGCAGUGCAUGGCCUCUAGCCGGGACCCACCGAGAGCAGCCCUUUGUCAUUAAGGAGCAGAAGUCUCCAAAGCCAGCCUGUCGCCUGCUCACUCUCAUUGUUUGCUGUACUGGAUGGCAAGGAGAGGUCCUGCAGCCUGGGAUUCUCGUGGCCUUUUUGGAUUCCCCCCCCCCCCCCCCCGCCUUUGGGAAGACGCAAUUAUGGCUGUUGGCCAAUGCAGGUUAACUGUUGGCGGCUGCUUUACCAGGGCCUAAAACCCCUAGAGCAAUAAGGAGCGUGGAAGCGACUACCCAGCCAAGCAAUUGCUCCUACUCGUACGCACGCGCAGAUAGGUUAUCAAUAAGGGGCCUUUACCUCUCAUUCUGCUUAUUCCCUGGCUUUCGCAGUUCCUCAGCAGGAGAAUGCCAGUUCUCAAGCUGUCUUGUAGUUUGUGCUAGGAAGGAAGAUUUGAUUUGUCACUAAUCUCUAUAAAGCAGUAGAAGAAAAGGGGAGCCCCCCCCCAGCCGCUGUGCCUUUCCAUUUGCACUUUGAUUUUUUAUGUAAUUGCCCAAGUGCCUUCCCAGUAUCACUAGUGUAGUAGCCACGUUAGUGGGAAGAGUUUUAAUUAGCACUUUCGUACAGUAUCCCUCCGACGAAAUGGUUGUAUAGUAUCAUGAUGGAUGUGUUUAGGAAAUCUCAAACAGUGCGAGGUGGGGAUAUUGUAUGUGAUGAAGUAUGUGUCUUUAUUAAAUGAAAUACAUUAUUUGUGCCUGUUCUGGUUUAUAUAUAUAAUCCUGUUUUUCCCAUAAAUUAAUUAUUUCUAAAUUGUAUUCUGAUUUUAAGCCUGGGGCAAUAAUGCAAUGAACCUUUUUUAAGUAGUUGAUACUGUAAGAUAUUAAAGGAAAAAGCCCUGCUAUUAUGAAAUUGGGGUUUUUUGUUUACAUAAUUCAAAGUAAUAAAUAAAAGCACUAUUAGUUGCA